AUGUGGUCGCGAUUUGGCUACGCAAUCGAUCACCGCUGCUGGCGACACAAAGACCACAACGAUAAAAAGUUCCUCAUCAAAUACAAAAGCGAGUACGAGUCCGACGACAAGCCCAAUUCCAACGACGACCUCCUAGAGUUCGGUCCCCUCACACUCAGCCCGUCUGCCUCGUCUUUGACGACACCUCCAAGCCUCGCCCGGCGACGAAGUUGUGUCUUCACGCCGGAGCUCAUGGCGGUCAAGUCCUAUGGCCGACCCUCUCCAUACAGACGUCCAAGUCCUACUGCACCACCCGUGCUACGCCUUUUACGCAAUGUCGAGCCGAUUUCCUUCUUCCUUUCCCUUAUCGGCGCCGCCGCCAACGCCAAAACCCCAGUUUGCAACGCAGAGCACCAGCACUGCAAGCACCACUACCACCUGCAGCAGACGCAUGCUAGGCCUGUACCUCGUCGUCUUCCUGCACCUGCUGAGUCUGUCUGUGCACACCACCCUUGUCUACCGCUCUUCUUCCCACUGUGA